ACUCUGAUAUACUGUACACUAUAUUUCCAAAAGUAUUGGAAAACCCCUCCAAAUCACUGGAUUCAGGUGUUCCAAUCACCUCCAUGGCCACAAGUGUGUAAAAUCAAGCACCUAGGCAUGCAGACUGCUUCUACAAACAUUUGUGAAAGAAUGGGUCACUCUCAUAUGCUCAGUGAAUUCAAGCGUGGUACCGUGAUAGGUUGCCACCUGUGCAAUAAGUCCAUCCGUGAAAUUUCCUUGCCACUAAAUAUUCCAUGGUCAACUGUUAGUGGAAAUAUAACAAAGUGGAAGCAACUGGCUAUAACAGCAACUCAGCCACAAAGAGGUAGGCCACGUAAAAUGACAGAGCGGGGUCAGCACAUGCUGAUGUGCACAGAAGUCACCAACUGUCUG